UCCUACGCGUUAUCUGCGGAAAGGAGAACUGGAGGCGCCCUCGCCCCCCCCGCCAGGCGGCAAGACAACCCUGGAGCCUGCUGUCUUUGCUUUCUAGAGCCGCACCCGAGGCACAUGGCGGUCCGCAGGCUGGGGGUCGAAGGGUCCAACGGGAGCUACAGCCGCCGGCCUACACCACAGCCACGCCAGACCCCAGCGUAUCUGCGACCUACACCACAGAUCACAGCAAGGCCCGAUCCUUCACCCAGGUUUCGCAACCUCACGUUUUCAAGUCGUAUUCGUUUUCACUGUGUCAAGACGGGAAACGCCCGGAGCCUGCUUUUUCCAGUUUUUCUAAUGCCACGAAAUGCCGCGAGAUUUCGAGCAGGCACCAAGCACUAGAGAUAUCGCGAGACAGCAGCGUGCCACCGCCCCCCCCCCCGCUUCCGGAUACAGCAGACCUCGCGACAAGUGGAGCUGUCGCGAGAGGAUGCCAGCGGUCUUCCUCGUCCUAUCCGGGCGGGGCGGGGAAGACGAAAAGCUGGUGGUGAGGCUGGGCCUUUCUGGGGACGAUGCCGUCCGCAUUCUCAGUGAGCUCGUUCCCCGUCAGCAUCCCCGCCGUGAUCAUGCAGACAGACUGGACGGAGCCGUGGCUGGUCGGGCUGGUCAUCUUCCACGUGCUCUGCCUGCUGCUCACCUGCUUCUCAUCCCGGAGGUAUAAGCUACAGGUCGGGCACUUCCUGUGUCUGGUGACGUUGGUCUACUGCGCCGAGUACAUCAAUGAGGUUGCAGCCAUGAACUGGAGGUCCUUCUCAAAGUACCAGUAUUUCGACUCGAGGGGGAUGUUCGUGUCCCUGGUCUUCUCGGCGCCGCUGCUGCUCAACGCCCUGGCCAUCGUGAUCCUGUGGGUGCGCAAGACGCUGGCGGUGAUGAGCGACCUGAGGACCUUACAGCAGCGCCGGGGGCGGCCGAAGCAGCAGUGACGGCUCUGCCCCGGGGCUGGCGCCUGGGCAUCCAGACCCGCCCCGCGUCCCGAGACGCUUGGGCUGGCUUUGAAGGGCGCUCGCCCGGCCUGGGUCCACCCGGAAGGUCUGAGUCUCUCUAGUUAAACCGUAAAUGGAGCCCCUGCAGUCAAGCCUGAGCUCGGGACACCCUGUCUGUCCAUGUGGGAGGGUUGAGGGGUGGACAGCGCCGUCCACGCGUGGGCACCCCCACUGGCCCCUGUCCCCCCCACCCUCCCCGUCAGCCCCCUGUCCCCCCCACCCUCCCUGUCAGCCCCCUGUCCCCCCCACCCUCCCCGUCAGCCCCCUGUCCCCCCCACGCUCCCUGUCAGCCCCCCCGUCACGGUCACCCCUGUCACCCCCGUCACCUUGGUCCCCGUCACCUCGGUCACCCCUGUCACUGCCAUCACCCUGGUCUGGCCUGCGUGGCGACGGCCUCUCCAGGCAGGGCUGCCGCUAGACAGGGCAGGAGGGGCCGCCUGGCCUCUGUGCAGCUGGAGGCGUCACGGCGCCCGCGGAGGCCGGAGUCGGGCUCUUCAGAGGCGGCAGCCGCGCGAGCCCCUCGAGUUGUGCUUCAGGAAGGAACGACACCGUUAAAGCAGUCAGCAGCUGCCUGGUUCAGCUGAGAGGUUUCAUGGCAGAUACCGAGACGGGUUCUGUCCCUUGGUUCCUGCCUCUCACACUCCGCGCUCGGGGACACGCCGCCGCCUCUUCUGUUGGAGCAGGUGCGCUGAUUCGGUGUCACGGCCGCGCUGCGGACUAGACCUGCAGCUGGGGGGGGGGGUGCUGCGUGUCUGAACUCAGCGUUUGAGGAAGAGGAGGCGGUUGUCUCCUGAAGGGGUUUGAAAAAAUAGCUUGCGAGCCUUCCUGCCGUGACUCAAAGGGAUCAGCGGCAUCUCUGCAGCGCUGGGCGCGGGUUUGAUCCCUGGCCGGGCGCAGUGGGUUAAGGCUCUGACAGGGCUGCAGCUGCAGUGUAGGUCACGCUGGGACGUGGCUCUGAUCCUGGCCCAGGAAAGCCAUGUGCCAUGGGGUGGCCUGAAAAAAAGAGAGGAAGUAGUUUAUGAAUAGUUGUCUUAAUUUUAAGAAGAUGUUUUCCCUUAAAUGAAAUGUAUUUUUCAAACUUCAAAAGAAAAAAAAUUGGUCACGUGAAAGCAUUGUAGUUAGUGGUUCAGAGGGUAACGCUGCUGGAUGAUGGGAUUAAAUCUUGAAAUCCAGACGUAAAGACAGCUGUAAACUCUUAGCAGAGAAAUUAUUUCCUUAAUUUUGACGUUGGUUUCAGAACCAAGUCGAUAGAACUCCCUAGAUCAAUCUCUUGGAGCUUUUAACCUCACAUCCUUUCUUGAUGUGACCGUCUGUACUGAACAUUGAAAAAAUUGGCUCAGCAACAGCAUGUCCCGUGAAAUCCAGUUUUAACUGUCUUGCACCUGACGACAUCCUGAGGGUGCGUUGCUGAAAGUGACCAGUUCAGGGUGUUCCUUGGUGUCCUGGCUUCAGAAGAGUCACCUGCAUCUGAGCAGCUCCCGGGAGCCCACAGCGGCAGGGGCUGCGGGCGGGGUCAAGUGUCCCCUCCAGCGCUGGCCUGGGGCCAGGGGACAGAAGUGCCCGUGGCAACGUCCUGCCCUUGCCCUCGGCCCCUCGGAGCCCAGGGAGUGCAGGCAUUUCCACCGUCCGGAGUCACUCCUGUCAGCGCGAGACUGUGACUGGCUCUCAGCUGUCCUGUGAAGACCGGGUCAUGACAUUGUCAUUGGCCUGGAUGUGGGGUCAGACGUCCCGUCGAAAAACAUGACGUAGGGCCUUUUCGUUCACUGGUGUGUGUAAGUUUUGGGGAAUCGUUGUGUUUUAUUUUCACAAACACAACCUGUUUUUAAAACUUUUCAGAAGGUUUCUUUCCAGUGGCUUAAAGGGCAGUGUUUACGAACACCGCGCGGUCCUCAUGCUUGGGACACCCUCCAAGCCGUCGCUGUCCCAGCACUUCAGGUCACCUCAGGUGUGGGGACUGUGGCCCUUUCGGGGCAUGGGGGUGCUGCUGGGGCUUGGGGCCCCCAGGCGGGUGGAAGGGCAGCCUGUGUCUGUCAUCUGCGGACGAGAAGACGAGAGACACGCGUGGUCAAGGCGCAUUUAGCCCGUUCCAGACCUGCGACCUUCAGUUUGUCAGUUGCUAUGUAAUAAAGUCUUAUUUUAUUUCAAGUA